AUGGGAGGAGGCAUCCUCGGCUUCAUUCGAAGCAUAUACCAACUAGACACGCUCGACACACGAUUCACAACACCUUCGUCCGUCCCAUACAAGCUUGCGGCCGAGGCGAGAAACGAUCCACAUGGAGCACAAGAGGGCGGCUUGAGCAAGGGAAAGAAAGCAGAGAGAUCAAAAUGGAGCACACCCGAGUUCUACCUAUACUACUUGGUGUUCUUGGUUGCGGUUCCUUACAUGUUUUGGGUUCCUUUUGAAGUGUCCAGGGAAUCCGACCCAAGGUACCCAAAGUUCCAGCGCUAUCUGUCAGGCGGCUGGAUGCUGGGUCGCAAGGUUGAUGUAUCGGACAGCCAGCUACGAACGAUUAGGGGAAAGAUACCGCAUAUUUUUGGACUACUCGUUGUGCAGCCGCUCUUGCGCCGAGUUUGGAAGCUAUUCAAGCCCACACGACUUGAGCCUGGUGCCUCUGAAACAUCGCCCAGAGCUGCCGAGGCGCGGCUAGAGCAGCGCAUAUCGUUUGAUGCCUUCUUUGGUGCUAUUCUCCUCACAGCCCUCCACGGAACUAGCGGGCUUAAAAUCCUAGGUCUCUUGUGGUUGAAUUACCAAAUCGCAACUAGGCUCCCGAGAAAGGUUGUCCCAUGGGCGACAUGGAUCUUCAACCUCUACAUCUUGGUGACUAUGAAAGUCUACGAUGGUUACAGAUUCAAGACGUUUGUGAACUUGAUUCCCUUUGCGCCAGAUAGCCUGCUUGAUCUUGCUUCUUGGAUGGACAGCCAACAAGGACUCCUGAACCGGUGGCACAUUCUCUUCAACAUCACCAUUCUCCGACUGAUCAGCUUCAACCUCGAUUAUGCCUGGAUGACGGACAGACAGGGCGGCAGUCCCAUCGAGAAGCAACUAGACCCUGCCAGCCUUUCCGAACGCGACCGUGUCGGCACUCCAGCGCCCAAGAGUAACUACUCCUUCCGCAACUACUUCGCUUACGCCAUCUACGCCCCGUUGUACCUGGCCGGCCCGAUCCUGACCUUCAACGACUACAUCUCGCAGUGCCGAUACAAGUCCGCCAGUAUCGAACUUUCGCGCACCGUCAAGUACGGCAUCCGGUGUCUGCUCGUACUCCUUGCCAUGGAGUUCGUGCUGCACUUCAAUUAUGUCAACGCCAUCUCCAACGCGCGGCCUGACUGGUCCACGUACACGCCCGCCCAGAUCGCCCUGCUCUCCUUCUUUAAGCUGCACAUCAUCUGGCUGAAGCUGCUGGUUCCCUGGCGCCUCUUCCGCUUCUGGGCCCUGGUGGACGGAAUCGACCCACCCGAGAACAUGCUGCGGUGCGUGAGCGACAACUACAGCACUCUGUCCUUCUGGCGCUCCUGGCACCGCUCCUUCUAUCGAUGGACGCUCCGCUACAUCUACAUCCCGUUAGGUGGAUCUAACUUUAGGACGCUUGUUAGCUCGGCAUACUCGAUUAUCACGUACCUGGCCGUGUUCAUGUUCGUGGCCAUCUGGCACGACGUGGAUUUCCAGCUGCUUGUGUGGAGCUGGCUUAUUGUCGCGUUCUUCCUGCCCGAGAUUGCCGCCGGUUAUCUGUUCCCGCGUAAGAAGUGGGAGGGCAGGCCGACGGCGUACAGAAUGCUGUGCUGCGUGGGCGCGGUCGGAAACGUGUUGAUGAUGAUCAGCGCGAACGUAGUGGGCUUUGGCGGUGGGGUUGAUGCUAUGAAGGCUCUUUGGGAGGGCCUGUUUAGAGGGUUGUCUGGCAUCUCUUUUCUCACAGGCUCAUGCAUUGCCCUGUUCGUUGGCAUUCAGGUCAUGUUUGAGAUCAGGCAGUCGGAGUUGAGGAAGGGCAUUGACUUGAAGUGCUGAGUGGUAUGUGUGGGUAUGCGGUCCGUGAUUGUUUUCGUCCAGGUGAAAAUGUCAUGGUUUGCAGUAUAUACCACGAGUUCAACAGGAUAGACGAGGAUAGAUGUACUUGGGAAGCAAUUACAUGCGGAAUGUCAAGAUGGGUUUUUCUUAGCUCUUG